CUCCGAAACGAGUCGAAUGAUCGACUACUCGGAAAACGGUGGAGUCAUUUUGAGUUUCCUGCAGGACGGUGAAUAUUUUAGACAGCCGAAACGAUGUCGGCGAGAUACGAUAGAGCGAUCACGGUUUUUUCACCAGAUGGGCAUCUGCUCCAGGUGGAAUAUGCUCAGGAAGCAGUCAAGAAAGGCUCGACGGCGGUUGGUGUACGCGGUGCAGAUGUAGUAGUCUUGGGUGUUGAGAAGAAGUCUGUUGCUAAAUUACAAGAGGAACGUACAGUGCGCAAAAUAUGUCUAUUGGACGAUCAUGUAAUUAUGGCCUUUGCAGGUUUGACUGCUGACGCAAGAGUAUUGAUCAAUCGUGCGCAAGUUGAAUGUCAGAGUCAUAAAUUAACUGUAGAAGAUCCCGUUACCUUGGAAUAUAUUACAAGGUAUAUUGCAGGCUUAAAACAGAAAUAUACACAAAGUAACGGCCGUAGACCUUUUGGAAUAUCCUGUCUCCUAGCUGGAUUUGAUUAUGAUGGUGUCCCACACCUUUAUCAAACAGAGCCAUCAGGGAUAUAUUACGAAUGGAAGGCAAACGCAACAGGUCGCAGUGCUAAAACUGUACACGAAUUCUUAGAGAAGUAUUAUACCCCGGAAGAAGUAUCGACAGAAAAAGGUUGUAUAAAAUUAGCUAUCAGAGCGCUCCUUGAAGUAGUUCAAUCUGGACAAAAAAAUCUGGAAAUAGCAGUAAUGCGACGUGGACAGCCGUUAGAGAUGUUGGACACAGACACCAUAGGUGAAUAUGUAACAGAAAUCGAAAGAGAAAAGGAAGCAGAGGCGGAAAAGAAGAAACAGAAAAAGUGAUGUCUCGUGUUCUAUUAUGCACUUUUACUAUACUAUUAUUAAUUAAUUUUUCUUAUAAAAUAAAUAUAUUGGAAAGAAAUAGAGGAGGAAAACAUACAAAUGAAAAAUGCGAUAAGAAAAA